AUGCACGAUAUCACAAUUGAAUCGCUAGCCAAAAAGCAGGGGAAUGAAGUUGGACCAGCCUCGCUUCCGCCCGAACAGGAUCAGACGACUAACAAGGAAGUAGACCAUCAGAAGACUCCUGAUGUAAGUCCAGCUGUUUUAUUAGGCAAUGUGAUCACGUUCUGGUAACUUUCUUAAUGUGAUCUUAUUUUACCUUGGUGUGAUGGUAUUGUGACAGGUUUGGCAAUGUUAUUUGUGUCAUAUUUUAUUUUUGUAAAUUGAUUAUACUACAUUUAUGAACAGUAUAACCGUAUAUUAUAGUAGAUUGCUUAAAUCAUAUUUUUGAUAUAAUAUUGUUAAUAGUUUUACAAAACAUAAUUAAUGUCAGUGAUUGCAGAAGAAAAGAGAAGCGGCCCUACUGUCGUCGGAGAGGCUGCUGAACGAGAUUAGAGAAUAUGACUUCAACUACCGCCUCUACUUCAUCUUACUGACUGCCGAGUUUCUGGUCGUGACGGUGCUGGUCAUACUCGGAUUCGUGCUCCUCGGUCUCUACACUGAAUGGAAAUUUCAAUAA